AUGGAGCUUGUUAAAGUAGACCGGGAACGACACACUGCGUCCAUGAUGACGAUGGCGAGCGCGUUGAGAUUUCCUCGCAUGACCAACAACUUUCACAAACUUGUCAAUGAAGUAGGCUAUCUAGCAUUCGCCACUCACGUAUGCGACUUCAAUGAAUUUGAACUUCUCAGCAAGAAAUCUAAGCGCAAUAAACCAAACAAAAGAGUGUACUUUGUGACACAGAAAGAAGUCGAUGAGGCUUGGCGCGCGCUGUGCGAAAGCACUUUUGCAGUAUGGCCAACACCAGAAGAUUGGUCAGAGGAGCGAAAGCAAAAGUAUCUUGAGACACAACUGAGCCAGCCAAGAUUGAAUAACGCCGAACGGUUCUGGGCGAAUAGAAGACGCCUGGUCUCCAAGACAAAGAUCCGCAAAAAGCACGCUGCUGAAAACCUUGCUUGGUCGAAUAAAAUACGGCUAUCUCUCAGCUCAAAGACUAUUGGAAGGGGUGCACUUUCCAAAUUACAAACGGUGGAUGAGGCCGGCGAGACGAACGAUAAGGUAAUUUCGAAGAUAUCAACGACUGAGCAACAAGGAAAGCUGGCUGUUGAAUCGACUCUUGACAAACUAGAAACUGCUGCAUCUUUAGGCGCGAACGAUCCAGGAGUGAUGAUGACCGAAAAGCAGGGCAGAUUAGCAGAGCGACUGUCCGUUGUGCAGUUGGAUGAUGUCGACUCCAGGAAUGAUGUGUUUGGCGAUGACGACGGGGAUAUUUGUAUGGAUUAG